AGAAUGCAACUGUGACAUGACGCAUAUUGCUCGCGACCGUGUAGAGCCAAGAAGAGCCACGAAGAUCAAAAUUACAGAACAACUGACGUUAGGAAUGUGCCAUGUGAUGUGAUUUACAUGAUUGAAACUACUUUAAUGUGUGUCUGCUUCUAUUCAGGUAUUGAUAUUGUGCCGCUUUUGUUUGGGUGCGCCGUUAUGCCUAGUAUCAUCAUCUGAUAAGAGACUAGCCCAUCAUCUGAAAGAUGUUUGUGCCAAGAGCACUGAAGGUAAAGAAACCCCUCGAGAAUCCGCCUGUGCAGAAGAAGUGCAAAAUAACUGUAAAAGAACACGACGUGACACCAAUGCCUAGUUGUUCCGCUACAGAAACCCCAGAAGAUGUAGCCGAAACAUGUCAACAACAGCCUGGAGACCUAGCGCCCUCAGAAAACAGCUCAACAGACAACCAUGCUGAAACUGAGAGCCCUCCUCCAAACAACCCAGACCAAGCCGAGGAACCAGCCGCAGAAAGCAGCGACGACGAGGAACCUGUCAAGGCCUUCAAAAAGAACCAGAGGUGGCCUGAGCCAGGGGAGCCUGUUUGUGUCAUGUGUGGACGAUAUGGGGAGUACAUCUGCGACAGCACCGACAAUGACGUCUGCAGCCUGGAGUGCAAAGGCAGCCACCUGUCCAGCAUGGGCAAGGGCUUGGUGGCGGAGAUCCUGAGUCGCAGUAAGCCAAAGGAGGAGAAGACAGCGUGCUCCUCUUCUGGCACUGCAGAGGAGGAACACCACGACCAGAACUAUUGUUACAAGGAGGACGAGUUCAUAUCUUCCCUGACAGAGGAGCAAGUGCAGCGUGUCAAACGAGAGCUUGGUAUUGUGACAGCUGGUCAGGCUGUAGCGAGGCCCAUCAUAGAGUUUGCGCAUUGCCAGUUCCCGCCGGUGCUGAGCUCCAACCUGAACAAGGCCGGUUACGAGGCGCCCACCCCCGUGCAGAUGCAGAUGCUCCCAGUGGCCCUUGGGGGCAGGGACGUGCUGGCCAGUGCAGACACAGGAUCAGGGAAGACUGUGGCAUUCCUUCUGCCACUGGUGGUCCGGGCCCUAGAGAAGCGCACCAGUCGAGCUCCAUCGAGCCCGGCGGGCCUGAUCCUGACGCCGACGCGAGAGCUGGCCAUCCAGAUAGAGAGGCAGGCCCAGGAACUGGUGAGGGGGCUGCCCAACAUGCGCACCGCCCUAGUGGUGGGAGGAAUGCCCAUGCCACCACAGAUACACAGACUCAAGCAGAGCAUCAAGAUCGUCAUAGCGACUCCUGGCAGACUCCUGGAGAUACUGAAACAGGAAGCAGUGAAGCUGGACGCAGUGAAGACCGUGGUGGUGGAUGAGGCGGACACCAUGUUGAAGUUGGGCUUCCAGCAGCAGGUUCUGGAGAUCCUGGAGGAGGUUCCUCAGGAGCGGCAGACCCUGCUGACCUCCGCCACUAUCCCCACGGCGACGGAGCAGCUAGCGGAGCGGCUAACGCAGGACGCGGUGCGCAUCAGCAUCGGCGAGAGGAACCAGCCCUGUGCCAACGUACGCCAGAUCGUCGUCUGGGUGGAGGAGCCCUCCAAGAAGAAGAAACUCUUUGAAAUCCUUAAUGAUGGCAAGCUGUACCAGCCCCCGGUGGUGGUGUUUGUGGACUGUAAACUGGGGGCCGAUCUACUGUGUGAGGCCGUGGGGAAGAUCAUGGGCCUGAAGACUGUAGCCAUCCACUCUGACAAGAGCCAGCACGAACGCAACAAGAUCCUCAAGGGACUGCUGGAUGGAGACUAUGAAGUGGUCAUCAGCACUGGAGUACUGGGCAGAGGGCUGGACCUGGUCAACGUCAAAUUGGUGGUCAACUUUGACAUGCCCCCCAACAUGGACGAAUAUGUCCAUCAGGUUGGCCGAGCAGGAAGGCUGGGUCAGAGGGGAACUGCCAUCACCUUCCUCAAUAACGGACACAAACGGCUGUUUUUACACAUCGUAAACCGCGUGAAGCCCACCGGCUCACAGCUACCCCCACAACUCCUGAACUCUCCAUACCUGCACGAACAGCAGCGCAAGGAGAAACUGCAGAGAAGAGAGGAGCCCAUAGUCACUAAGGACAAUCUACUGGAUAUUAUAAGAAAACAUGACCGGAGCUCUAUGAGGAAAUAGACUGUGGAGAGUUGACCUGUGCUAUUUCAUGAUGUUGUACAUUUUUUCUAUGGUUUUGUAUGUAAUAAUUAAAGCUGAUUAAAGCUGAA